AUGAAACCUUUUAAAGGUAAAAGUAAUUUAAAACAAUACAUUCAAUCAAAACCGAAAAAGUGGGGAUUUAAAAUAUGGAUACAAGCAAAUAGCAACGGAUACGUCAACUGUUUCGAACCAUAUCAAGCAUCUACUCAAGAUCGAAGCAAAUAUGGUCCAAUAGGAAUGGUCAGAAUGAAUAGAAUUGGUCAAAUACAAACUUCUCUAGUACCAAGUAAAAUGCUUCAACGAGGUUCUUGUACAAUGGCUACGUCAAAAGACAACAUAACAGUUCUGCGCUGGAUAGAUAAAAGAGAAGUUCAUAUGAUUUCUUCGUAUGCUGGCGCAGAACCAUUUGAUGAAAUAUUACGUUACGACAAGAAAGAAAAAACAAAGAUACCAAUUACUAGACCGUUUUGUAUUCAAGAAUACAACAAAUGUUGUGGAGGUGUGGAUUCAUGGAUCGUCUUAAAUCUCACUAUUCUCACGGCUUUAAAAACAAAAAAUGGUACCUUCGAAUAUUUUUUCCGUUUUUGA